AUGCAAAGCAAGGAUACCACAGAGGCGCGCAACAAACUCAGAUAUAUUGUGCCUGCUAUCUCAAUUGGUAUCUUUCUCUCGGCUGCGGACCAGACGAUCAUCGUGGCCAGCUCUGGUAAAAUCGGCAGCGAUCUCAAGGCAUUGAACUUGACGAGCUGGAUCGCAACGUCCUACUUCCUUACAUUGACGUCGUUUCAGCCCUUGUAUGGGAAACUGAGCGAUAUCUUUGGUCGGAAAGCUUGCUUGUUAUGGGCGUAUGCUAUUUUCGGGACCGGCUGCCUGGGCUGUGGUCUGUCUCAGAACAUCUAUCACUUGAUUGCUGCUCGUGUCUUCCAAGGCAUCGGCGGCGGUGGUAUGACCACCGUGGUCAGCAUCCUCAUGAGCGAUAUUGUUCCCCUUCGGGACCGCGGAGUAUGGCAGGGAGUGGUCAACAUCAUCUACGCAACGGGAUCUGGAACUGGAGCCCCCCUAGGUGGUAUCUUGGCUGAUUACAUUGGUUGGCGAUGGGCUUUUAUCGCUCAAGUUCCCCUCUGCAUUCUGGCCUUCAUUGCCGUGUCUAUCAUGCUCGACAUUCCCAGUCGGGAGGAUAGUCACUGGAAGGACAAGCUUCGUCGUAUCGAUUUCCCUGGAGCAAUCGUCCUGGUGGGAGCCGUUCUGGGUUUUCUGCUGGGUCUCGACCGCGGAAGCAAUGUUUCCUGGACACUACCGAUUACCAUUAUUUCCCUGAGCGUUUCGAUCGUCUUAUUCGCACUCUUUAUCAUCGUGGAGAUCUAUUAUGCGGCUGAACCGUUUGCACCUGGCCAUAUUAUCUUUAACCGGACAUUCAUGGCCGCCUAUGGUUGUAACUUCUUCAGCUUCGGAGGCUGGCUUGCCGCACUGUUCUACAUUCCGCUGUACUUCCAGGCAGUGGACGGCGUGUCUGCCACUGUGGCGGGGCUUCGUCUUCUACCUUGCAUUUUGGCCGCUGUAUCCGGCUCGCUUUUUGCCGGGUUUGUCAUGAAAUGGACUGGAAAAUUUUACUGGCUGACGGUGAUUGCCUACUCUCUGCUCACACUGGGGUUGGCCAUCAUCACGCUUUUUUCGGGCGGUGUUGCCGAUAGCCUGGUUGCCUUCAUCCUGGGCACAUAUCCAACUCUGGUCCUGAUGAUCUGGCAGUGGUCACAGCCUGCUCAUACCUGUUCCGGUCUCUCGGAUCUGUGA